GUCGGGUUGCAUAGGAUCUAAAUUGUAUAAUUCUGCAGCACCAUCACCUUUACCAGCAUCAUCUUAUGGAGAUACACCAGUGCAAGCAUUAGUACCAUUACCAUCUUCUAAUUCAGAUUCCAAAAACUCUCGUGGCACUUCGAGUAUGUUUUCUUCCUUUUUCGCGAUAUUUUAUUAGAUUGUUUUGUUGAGUAAUCUUGAUCUUAAAAUGCAUUUAGAGAACUUAUUUACCAACAGUUUAUUCACAGCAUUAUCAAUUUGAUUAUAAAUAUUUUAUAGGUUAACAUUUAUAUAAACACUAAGAUAAUGAACAUUCUCAUACUUUGGCUGUUGAAAUUGAAUUUUAGUUUAGAUAGUGUUCGUAAAUCUCUGCUCAACCGAUAAAAACUAAUUUAUGUUAGGUUGUGACAUGAGUUCAAACUCUGCGUCAAAUGAUUGUAUGUGUGAGUUUUUAAUUACUACUUACUAAUGUAUUGUCUAUCAAUAAAAAUAACUUUUGGAAUAGUAGAGCUUUAGAAAAUAUAAGUCGUAUGACAACUAAAUUGUUAGGAUUAGUAGAAGACUGUAUGUAAAUUCUAUAGUAAAUAAAUCUAUUGAAGUUUGAAAAUAAUGCCUUUCUGAAUCUAAAUUUUAAUUAAAUAGAAAAAAAAAUAAAUGGCAUGGAAAGAGAGUGGAAAUUUAAUGGAUGACUUUUCAGUUGACUCUCUAGCAGCCUCCUGAGAGCAUAACUAAACUCAAACAUAAUGAAGUGAAUUGCCUUAAAACAUAACCUCCUCCUCCUCCUCCUCCUCCUCCUCCUCUUGUUGAUUUCUUCUUAGUUCUCAAUAUAAUGGAAAAUCAUAUCAAUAUUCUUAUGAUCAACUAUUUCUUCUUCUUCUUCUUGUUAUUAAUAAUCACUUUUUUUACACAACUAUCCCACUCUCUACCACAACCACAACUACCUCAAACCUUAAACAGUUAUUCAACAUGUAAGGAACAAUCUUACAACUGCGGAGAUAUCACCAACGUCUUUUAUCCAUUUUGGGGACAAAAUACUUCUACUUAUUGUGGUGCCGGAAGCCUAUUUUACCUAAACAGUAACAAAAACGUUACUACCAUUCUAUUAUUCUCACAAAAUUUCACAGUACUUGACAUCAACACUGAGAAAUAUACAAUCAAACUCAAGAGAACAGACCUGUCUCAAAAUCUCUGUUCUCCUCAAUUUGAUGAUAUUGGUUUUUCUUCUUCACCUCUGUUUCACUAUCUCCCACAAGUCAAAAUCAUCUACAUAUACUUCAAUUGUCCUUCCACUUUCUCUCAACUUUUACCUAUAGAUUCUAUAUGUGGAUAUCAGAAUCAAGCAUUUGAUUCUACUCAUUAUGAUGAUAAUCUGUCAAGGGAUUGCGAAAGACAUAUACAAGUGCCUGCAGGAGAAGAUUUUUCCACGGAGAAAAAUUAUUUUCAGCGUGAUGAACUUCUAAGUGGCUUGGAUAAGGGGUUUGAGGUGAAUUAUAAUGUUAGCGGGGAAUGUUUAGCGUGUUUGGGAAAUCAAGAAGGUGAUUGUAGAUUCAAAAACAUCAAUGAUUUUGAGUCCUCUUGCUAUUAUUGCCCAGAUGGAUCCCAUGCUUCUUCAACACACUGUUCUUUUCAUCACACUAGCUCAUUGAAUUUGAAGAGGAAACUCAUUGUUGGCAUUGCUGGAAGUGCAGUAAUGGUAGCAUUGUUGAUGUGCAUCAUAAUUUGUUAUAUUAAAGGUAAGUCAUCAAUACAACAACUAAAAUUCCAGUUUAAGACAAAGAAUGAUAAAAACAUCGAAGCAUUUUUUAAAGAACAUGGAGCUUUGACGCAAAAGAAAUAUAAAUUUUCUGAAAUAAAGAAAAUGACAAAUUCUUUCAAAAUUAAACUUGGUCAAGGGGGUUUUGGUGUUGUGUACAAAGGAAAAUUAUUCAAUGGUUGUCCUGUGGCGGUGAAGAUAUUGAAUGCAUCAAAAAGAAAUGGUGAAGAAUUUAUUAAUGAGGUUGCAAGUAUUACUAGAACCUCACAUGUUAAUGUUGUCAGUCUGAUUGGAUUUUGUUUUGAAGGGCGUAAAAAAGCACUUGUAUAUGAAUUUAUGUCUAACGGUUCACUUGACAAAUUUAUUUACAAUAAGGGACCUGAAACAAUUGAAUCUUUAAGUUGGGAUAAUUUGCAUCAAAUUGCGAAAGGAAUAGCUCGUGGGCUAGAGUACUUGCACAGAGGAUGCACCACUCGAAUUUUACAUUUUGACAUAAAACCACAUAACAUUCUUUUGGAUGAAAACUUUAAUCCAAAGAUUUCUGAUUUCGGACUUGCAAAGCUUUGCCCUAGAAAAGAGAGCAUAAUAUCAAUGUCAGAUCAAAGAGGAACGAUGGGAUAUGUAGCUCCAGAAGUGUGGAAUAGACAUUUUGGAGGAGUUUCGUAUAAGUCGGAUGUUUAUAGUUUUGGAAUGAUGUUGUUAGAAAUGGUGGGUGGAAGAAAAAAUAUUAAUGCUGAUGCAAGUCACACAAGUGAGAUAUACUUUCCUCACUGGGUAUACAGUAGGCUUGAGUUUGAAAGUGAUUUGAGACCUGAUGGAGUAAUGGAUACAGAAGAAGAUGAGAUUGCAAGGAGAAUGACCAUUGUGGGUUUGUGGUGUAUUCAAACAUUACCUAAUGAUAGGCCUACGAUGAGUAAAGUGGUUGAAAUGUUAGAAGUUAGCAUGAAUUCAUUGAAAGUACCACCGAAACCAUUACUUUCUUCUCCUACUAGAUCAUUAUCUGAGUCUUAAAUAUCUUCAAAUUUGAGGCAUGUAUAAUUAUUUCAUACUUUUUAAUUAGAAUAGAUAUUAUCUCAACCUUUUUAAUCAUCAUGUAAAAUAAGGGGAUCUUAAUGUCUCCAAUUGUUUUUAUAUUAAAUGUAAAAUUAUGAAUCAGUGGCCAUGCAAUGUUAUAGUUUUAUAAUUUUUUAUAAUUUAGAAGUUAGUGAAAAACAAGUUAUACU